UUUUACUAUAACUUCGCCUCUAAUAUCUUGCUUACACACUUUAAUAAACUUCCAAGACAAACAAAAAGUCAUCAAAGUUCUCAAUUUCUCAUUUUAUCCACUUCUUUUAGAUAUCGUUCAGCAACUAGAAAAGAUGGAGCAAAUAUCGCCAAAGGCUUUCAAACGUAACAACGAAGUACGAAACUUCAUCCUGAUAUCUACUUUGAUGACUUGGGCCAAUACAAAACCAUUGAAUCCGGAUGAGCCGGACUUACCAUUCACGGAAGAAGACUAUAGGAAGAGGAAGCCUCAUCCAAACUUUAAGGAGCACAUUCAGUGUGAAAAGGAAGUUGUGAUAGUAAAAAAGAAAAUCAAACUUAAAGACAAGUUGAAAACAUUAGUGAUUUGUUGCGGAGUUACUUAUGGCGACGAACAGGGUCCUUUGCAUCAUUUAUUCAAGAUGGCAUGGCAGAACGCACCGUUUCUGCCGAUCAUUGGAAAAGGAAAUAAUAAUAUUCCAUUACUGCAUAUUCGUGACCUAUCCAAUGUAGUGCUGGAUGUUUUACAAAAUUGGCCUCCAUUACGGUAUAUCGUAGCUGCGGAACAAGAGCCGACUUCACAGAGCGCUAUUGUCAAGUCAAACGAGGUCGAGGAGGCCACGACUGCAGUAGAACAGGACGAAGCGGAGCAGACGCUCGAAGACGCGGACGAGGAAGACGAGGACGUAGAAGAGGAUAGAGCCACUAAAGUCGAAGAAAUGCAGGAACUGUUGGACGAAAUAGAGCGAAACAUGCAAAGAACCAAUGGUCGUCUCGACGAGCCCCUUUUGAACAAAUUAUUCCUGAGGAAGUUACGCUCGAAGGAAUGCUUGAACCAAGGCUACGUUAUGGACGGCCAUCCGAAGACGCUGGAACAAGCGAAAACAUUGUUCGGCGGAGAAAGUUUAACUGAAUUCGACGAAGAAUUGGGAGAAGAUGCCGAGACAGAUACGAUGCAGUCGAUUAUGCCUGAAUUGGUGGUUUCGUUGGAAGCCAGCGACGAGUUUCUGAAAGAAAGAAUUAUUCAACGACCCGAGAAAGAGAUCCAGGGCACCCAUUACACGGAGGAACAUAUGAUGCGCCGUUUGAAGGAAUACAGAAAGAGAAACACCGAUGAUAAUACACCGUUGAAUUUUUUCGAUGAAAUUGAAAUUCAUCCGCUCAUCAUCGACGUAGAGGACGAUGUAUGCCCCGAUAUGUUCCCCACGAUUUAUCAAUGUCUCCAGAGAGUCGGCCCGCCGAGGAACUACGGAUUAACCGCUGAGGAAACGAGGGAUGCGCGAGAGCGCGCUGAGGCGGAAGCGCGUGCAACGGAAGCUGCCGUGAAACUACAACAAGAAAGAGAAUUCUUAGAACGCAAACGUCUACGCGAGGAGAAGAUGGAGGAAUGGACGAAUUUGAUGGAGAAGUUGAAGGAAGAGCAAGAAGAAAGACUCUGUCUAGCUGGCUUGCCUCUACGCCACUAUUUGAUGAAGUACGUGUUUCCAACGUUGACGCAGGGACUCAUCGAAGUUGCAAAUUUACGUCCCGACGAUCCUGUAGACUUUCUCGCUGAAUACUUAUUCAAAGAAAAUCCAGAGGGGAAAAUGUUCGAGCCAGAAUACACAAACGCGAUGGCCUCGGUUCUGGAAAUGAUCGACAAGUAUGGCAGCUUCGUUCUUCCCGAAGAAGAAAUCAGCGACAAAAUGUCUGAAUUUUUGAAACGGGAGCGCAGCAAGUCGGAAGAAGUGAUGGAUAGUAGCGAUAUAGACGUGUGCACGAGUCGGAAGACCUGUAUCACACCUUGUUUCACGUAUGAAGACACGGACACGUACGAGGGAGAAGGAGAAACCGAACGGACAAUCUCCGAGCAAAUCUAUGACAAGGAAGAUUGACGAAGUUCGGACGAGCCAGACAGUUCUUCCCGAAGGACCUGGACGUUAGGUCGAAUCGCAUGGCAAUUAAUUAAUCUACACGCGGUACGACAAUGACAAUAUUUGACUGCCAUCGUCACCCGAAGUUCCUGUAAUCUGUUGAGCUCUGCAUACUAAUACCCUACGUCUCUUUUCAAUGUGUUUAAGAAGACAUUUAUGUAGUGUGAUGGCUGGACUGUGGAUGUUUAUGCAUUCAUAGGAAAUUUGAAUAUUUGAAAAUAUACAGGAUACACGUAAAUAUACAGAAUAUUUAAAGCAAAGAAUUUCACCACGUUCAGAUGACGAAAUAAAUAUUUAGUUUGGUUUUAUUCAUAUAGCUGUCUUCCUAAAGAUAUUAAUUUGCAUAAAUAUCUGCAGUUUAGCGAUCGGAAUAUUUGUUUACAAUGUAUUACUAUAUUUGUUUACAAUGCUAAUUACUAUAAGUGAGAGCAAGAAUGAGUUUUAUGUUGUGAUUGUGUCAUGACUCAAAGUACAUUUUGAUGUAAGUAUAGAAAUUGUCGAUGCAGCAUAUACGUUAUAUUUUACCAACACUCAAAUUUACGCAUCUAUAGCAAUAUAAAUAAACAUUUGUUUCGAAGUCUGUUAUAUUGAUUUCAUUCUGACAGCAACAGAUAUGUUUUAUUAGUUUAAUAUUGAUAUCUUAAGAAAGGGUUUAUGUGACUAUCUCUUUUAAACCUUUUUGGCGACCAACAGAUGUCUGUUUAACAAUAUUGUUCAACCGAUGGAAGAAACCGUGGGCUGAGUUACAUCCUCCAUAGAUCAGGCAAUUGGUUCCAAUAUUUAAAAAUAAAAAGUACUCUAAUCUUUCUCUUUCAUAAAUAUAAGGAUAUUCUUGCAAAAUGCAAUUACUUUUAUAGACUUGAAUAAUCCUUUCUUGGACAUUACAUGUAUAGUAUGUUGGAAUAAGGCGGACACUUUGCGAGACAUUUAAUCCAACAAGAUUAUUUAAAAGAUGAAGUGCCCAUUUCUUAAUGCGAGAGACUUAAAAGAAACGAAACAAAGUAAAUUACUUAGAACUAUGUAUGAUUACCGUAAUGGUAAAAACAAUUUAGCAUAAUAUGUUCAUUCCGUUCCAAUUAAAUGAACCCACACAUUUUGCAAAAGUGAAAAGACUUUUAAACCACUUAUUAUAUACCGAUUGCCUACAUCAUUAAUUAUACUACACCCACGUACGACAUAUUUGCACGGUAAAAAUAGAAAAAUUCCUUUGA